AUGAAGCCCACAGCUUCGACUUGCACUCGUAUCGCACACUUAGCGGCUCUCUACAGCUCAUUGCAGCAGCUACAGACUUUUUCUAAUGAGGACGAGCGUAUGCGUUGGUAUGAGCAGCUGAAUAAAUUGCAAUGGCAACAGGAAGUUGAACAACAAGAGGCACCAAAGGCAUGGACCGAUCAUAUUGCUUCACUAUUGAUAGCUAUUGAGGAUCAGAUUGCUGCGUUGCCACUAAAAAGUGAAGGUCAUUCAUCUCGAUACCAAGUGGCGUCUGCAGCUGCCGUGAAAUUUGAACCCCGUUUUAUCGUCGAAGAAAAUCAUGCCCAGCAAGAAUUAGAACUGAUGCCGCCUCCUCGAGGGUCAAUUCCUAUGAUGGAGAACGAGGCGAUGGAAGAGACAGGAAGAGGUAGUUGGGAUCAAAUGCCUCGACUGAUGCGAGCUACUACGGGGCUCACUUUGGGAGCUAUGACUCGUUCCAGUAUAAGAGAUCGCGGACGUUCGUUGCCGCUGUCAAGGAAGAGAUUAAUUGAACUGGAUGCAGCAAUGGGAGAUGAAGAGACUAGUAGCGAAGACUUGUCAGUCGCGGUUGCGGCUUCUAGUCAGCAAGAAUCUAUCGUUGUGGAGGAAUUUGUGGAGAGGGAGAGUGUAGGUUUGUACAGAAGGCAGGAGAGCAAUAGUCUAGGACGUUCAGUGCCUAGCUUGUUAAGGUCUAUGGCAAACUUCCUGAGAUUUUCGAUGGAGGAAACCUUCUUGUGUCAGAUCUGCUACGACUAUGCACCGAUGAACACGUUGUAUGUACUUUCGAUAUGUGGACAUACUUUUUGUGAAACGUGCUUAAAAAGUUAUUUGGAAUUCAAGGUUAAAGAGGGACAAGUGUAUCCGAAAUGCUUUUUUGAGAAAUUGGAGGAUAAGACAACGUGUAAGGCUGAUAUCUUGGUGAACGAUAUUCGAUCAUUGGUUUCGGAGGAGGUUUGGCAGAAGUACAGCAAGUUUAAGUUUAAUAAGGAGCACGAACUUGCCCGGCAGUGCCCGUACUGCGACCAUUCGCAGUUGUGUGCAGGUAGUGAGUAUCCGGAGUGCGCAUGUGAAGCCUGCAAUGGUGAAUUUUGUUUCGUACACAGCAGUGCUCACCAAGGUCGCACUUGUGCUGAGUACGACAAGAAGAUGAUCGCUGUGGAGAAGCUAAACAACGCGCUGAUUAGUAAGAUCUCCAAACCGUGCCCUGGUUGUCAGAAUAACGUCGAGAAGACUGGCGGCUGCAAUCAGAUGAAAUGUGUGAUCUGUAGCACUAGUUUCUGCUGGAUCUGUCUGAAGAUCAUUGAUGAUAGUGUAUUUCCGGAACACUUUCAGUGGUGGAAUGUCCGUGGCUGCGCAGGCAAUCAAAUGGUAGACUUCGAGAGACAAGGCGUUGGCCACAAAAGUAUUGGCGUGGCACUACGGGUGCUGUUCUUUGUGAUAUUUGGGCCGCCAGCAUUUGUGCUGGCUGUGGUAUUUUGCGUUCUCUGUUGUUGCUUCUAUCCGUGCACAGCAAAAAGUCGUCUCACCUUCCGGCAAGCGUUCACUACUUGUUUUUGCGCAUCCGGCUACGUCCUGCUUGCGCCAGUCGUGUUGGCAUUAGGACUUGUGGCUAUAGGUGUCGUCAUCGGUGGUGCAGCAGCUGGUGUUGCAGUGUUAGUUUGCGUGUCACCUAUUGUCGGUUUGAUGCUGCUCUUUCGGUGCGACGCUUGGCACUCGACAUUCACUUGGCGGUCACGCUCCCGUCGUUCCGACCACGUCGAAACAGCAACAGCCGAUAAUGUUGAAAAUGCGAAUGAUCAAUCGCCGAGAGACCAAACAUUAUUUUUACGCGUAUCAAGCUGA